AUGGCCGCCCAUUGCAGCCGCAUUGCAGGGCGAGCUCGGUACCCCGGUAUACCGCUGCAGAGCCAGUGUUUGCGCAGGUAUUCGAGCAGUUGUGGCCAGGCAGUGUCCAAGGAGCCAUCUUUCCGGCCGCCUUCGCUCGAUGUACCACCUCGACCCUCGCCCGAACUUCAACCACCAUCGUCUCGACUUGACUCGCUCAAGGAUGCAAGGCCGUUCUCCUCCUUCUUGACAGAUACUUUUAGCCGGCAACAUGAUUAUCUUCGGAUCAGCAUCACCGAGCGCUGCAAUCUGCGGUGUCUCUAUUGCAUGCCAGAAGAAGGCGUCCCGCUUUCACCGCCGGAACAUCUGCUUACUACACCAGAAAUCGUGUACCUUUCGACCUUGUUUGUAUCACAGGGAGUGACCAAGAUACGGCUGACUGGUGGAGAGCCUACCGUGCGCAAGGACAUACUACCGAUGAUGCAGGAUAUUGGCAAGUUACGUCGUGAUGGGCUUAAAGAAUUAUGUCUGACUACGAACGGAAUAUCACUCCACCGGAAACUUGACAGUAUGGCUGAAGCAGGGCUGACUGGAGUCAACUUGAGCCUCGAUACCCUAGAUCCUUUCCAGUUUCAGAUCAUGACAAGACGCAAAGGGUUUGAAGCUGUGAUGAAGAGUAUCGAAAAGAUAUUAGAGCUAAACGAACGCCACGGCGCUGGUAUUAAGCUAAAGAUAAACUGUGUGGUCAUGCGGGGUAUGAAUGACCGGGAGAUACUCCCCUUUGUCGAGCUGGGCCGUGACAAGGCGCUCGAGGUCCGAUUCAUUGAAUAUAUGCCAUUCGACGGGAACAAAUGGAGUAAAGGGAAGAUGUUCUCCUACCAGGAGAUGCUUGAUGUCAUCAAAGCAAAGUAUCCGGGUUUUGAGAAAGUACCCGAUCAUAAGAAUGAUACCAGCAAGACAUAUCGGGUACCAGGCUUCAAAGGGAAGGUUGGCUUCAUUACUAGCAUGACACAUAAUUUCUGCGGGACAUGUAACCGUCUCCGGAUCACCAGCGACGGGAACCUGAAGGUGUGCCUCUUUGGCAACACAGAAGUGUCUCUAAGAGAUAUGAUCCGGCAGGAAAAUAACAACAAGCCAAUAGAUGAAGAUGCUCUGCAGUCUUUGAACCUCCUCGAGUCGGCUAGACAGGCUGCUCGAGCUGAGGACCAAGGCUAUCCAGUGAAUGAGCGGGAGAGAGAACUUUUGCAUAUAAUUGGCGCCGCUGUCAAGCGCAAGAAGGCAAAACAUGCCGGGAUUGGUAUCUUGGAGAAUAUGAAGAACCGUCCCAUGAUACUGAUUGGUGGGCAUUGGGUUCCUCAAAUUUCAACUACAAUUACUAAGAUCAGCUUUGCUAUAGAUGAAACUACUCCUAGGAAUAUUCACCAUUACAAUCAUCACCCUCCGGUUAAAAGAAGAGCCCGAACAUUAAUCUCACCCCUUCGGUUGUGGCAGUCUAUUCCAACCCAUCUCCUAGGUAUCGACAGGUCAAUGGGGCAAUCCCCCCGUUUAUAUUCUACUCGGAAAUCCUCGACAGGCGUAGAACUGCCGCCUUCAGCUUCAUCGCAAUCAAAACCGACCAAAGAUAACACCAUUCGUGACCUUCCAACCACAUCCCAUGCAAAGCUUCCCCAUCUUACUCCAAACGAAACCGUCCAUAUGACAUCAAUAGGUCAUAAGCCAGAAACGAAUCGUUUGGCGACUGCUGUGUGCCGAGUUACAUUCUCCAAUCCGACCCCUAUAUCACUUCUAACUACUGGCGACAGCCUUAUGAAAAAGGGAGAUGUGCUGUCUGUUGCACGCAUAGCAGGCAUUAUGGCCGCUAAGAAGGCAGCGGAUAUUAUCCCACUGGCUCACCCCGGUCUGGGAAUAACUGGUAUUGAAGUAGAUGUGGCCAUAUGUCCGCCUCAUCCAGAAGGGAGUAUGCCAAAUGAGAAGAACAGGGUAGACAAUGGAGUUCACGGCAGUAUUCUCGUUACAUCGAGCGUUAGCUGCCUUGGACGAACAGGGGUGGAAAUGGAGGCAAUGACGUCUGUAUUGGGUGCUGCCCUUACAGUGUAUGAUAUGUGUAAAGCUGUGGACAAGGGGAUGGUGAUCGGUGAAGCCAGAGUUGUUCGAAAACGAGGAGGGAAGAGUGGUGAUUGGGAAGAAGGAAUUCGAGUCAGAGAUUCCAAGGAAAAUAGUAAUGAAAAGGAGAAUUAG